AGCUUUAUCUAGGAGAAAUUCAUAGUGCUACAAACAUUAUAUGACCCAACCCUCUUCCUUCCCAGUCUUGGGACAAUGGUUCUUCUCAGCCUCGGCAUCAAUUUAGCCAGAAACAUCAGCUUUUUUUCCUCCUUCUCAAACCAUUUUGCUGUUUAAUUCUUGGGUUCAGUCAUUCAUAAUAUCUAGCCUUGCAUUGCUUUGCUGAUUUUCUAUGCAACAGUGAAGUAAUAAGAGAUACUGGUUCUGUCCAUAUUUCUUUAUCGCGGCUUUGACAAUUUCAUCCUCAGUAUUCCAACACACGACCCCUUGGAACAUAUAACCCGAGGCGUCUUGGCUGGGGAGAGAAGUGAAUGAGCCAACAUAGUAACCCCGUAGCAGCACGCGAACCCCAAACUGACCUUGUACGACCUUCCGCUCCAGAAUUACUCUAUUCUUUCUCACUCUCUCUAGUCCAAGGCCCCUGGGAACCCGGAAGUCUGGUAGGGAUGUGAGCCCCGAGCGGAGAACGAAUCUUUGCCAAAGCCCUUCUCAUUGGUGGAGGCUGUCUCUCUUCCCAGCCAAUGAGGACGUUGUCCUGGCCGUGCUCCCGGAAAUGUGAGGUGGAGCUGGAGCUCCAGUGGGAGUUGGGUUUUGUGUAGAACCUGUCCUGGUUCUGUGCUGUGGGCAUCAUGAGCUCCUUUGAGGGGCAGAUGGAGGAGUAUCCAACUAUUUCCAUAGAUCGCUUCGACCGGCAGAAUCUGUUAGCCCGGGCGUACUUCCUCUCCCACUGCCACAAGGACCAUAUGAAAGGACUGAGAGCCCCACCCUUGAAAAGAAGAUUGGAAUGCAGCUUAAAGGUUCACUUAUACUGUUCUCCUGUCACUAAGGAACUAUUGUUAACUAGCCCCAAAUAUAGCUUUUGGGAGAAACGAAUUAUUGCUCUGGAAAUAGAAACUCCAACCCAGAUUUCUCUCAUCGAUGAAGCAUCUGGUGAGAAGGAAGAGGUUGUUGUAACUCUUUUACCAGCUGGUCACUGCCCAGGUUCAGUUAUGUUUUUAUUUCAGGGGAACAAUGGAACGGUUUUGUAUACAGGAGACUUUCGAUUAGCCAAAGGGGAAGCAGCCAGAAUGGAAUUCUUGCACUCUGGGAGCAGAGUGAAAGACAUUCAGAGUGUGUAUUUAGACACCACUUUCUUCGAUCCAAAAUUUUACCAGAUUCCAAGUCGGGUGGAGUGUUUAAAGGGAAUAUUAGAAUUGGUACGAAAUUGGAUCACUUUGAGUCCAUAUCAUGUUGUGUGGCUGAACUGCAAAGCGGCCUACGGAUAUGAAUAUUUAUUCACCAAUCUCAGCGAAGAAUUUGGAACCCAGGUUCAUGUGAACAAAUUAGAUAUGUUUAAAAACAUGCCUGAUAUCCUUCACCAUAUAACAACAGAUCGUAAUACACAGAUCCACGCCUGUCGGCACCCACAGGCAGAAGAAUUUUUUCACUGGAACAGAUUGCCAUGUGGAAUUAUUUCUAAAACUGGAAUUCCCUUACAUGUGAUCAGCAUUAAGCCAUCUACAAUGUGGUUUGGAGAAAGAACUAGAAAAACAAAUGUAAUUGUGAGAACUGGACAGAGUUCGUAUAGAGCUUGUUUUUCAUUUCAUUCUUCCUACAGUGAGAUUAUGGAUUUCUUGAGCUACAUUCGUCCUGUGAAUGCAUAUCCUAAUGUCAUUCCAGUGGGUGCAACAAUGGAUAAAGUAGUAGAAAUCUUGAAACCAUUUUGCCGAUCCUUUUCUAAGAGUACUGAAGUAAAGUAUAAACCACUUGGAAUGCUGAAGAAAACCAGAACAGCAUACCUAGAGUCAGAGGAUGAAGAUGAAGAUGAAGAUCUCUUUGAUGACCUUCAGUUAAUGCCUUUAAGACACAAGAUCCCAAACCAACAGACUUUCCAGCCUUUGUUACUUCCCCAAAAACCUGAACCUCAAGACUGUCUAGGACAAAAAAAGCCGAGCAUAGCAAGUUGUAGAACAGACAAUGUACAGACUUCUCUUUUGACGAACUUUGUAGACUGUGAAGAAUCCAACAGUGAGGAUGAGGAACAAUCUGAAACUUCUUUUCAUAAAGACUUAAAUUCUCUUCCAUUACAGCAGCAGGAAUCGGAUGUGGACAUACCAGAGUGGAAAAUCUUUUUUAAAAAUAACGCUGACAUUCCAGAUGAUGGCUCAGAAGUUUUAAUUUCUUCCACAGAGGCAGGUGGAUCACAGUCACCAAGGCUUUUCAGUGAUUCUGAUGGAGAUUCAACCCAUAUCUCCUCACAGAAUUCUUCUCAAUCCACACACAUAUCAGAACAAGAAAGCCAAGGUUGGGACAGCCAGUCAGAUACUGUUUUGUUAUCUUCUCAAGAAAGAAAUUGUGGUGACUUUACUUUUUUAAACAAAGGAGGCUCCCGAAUCAGAGAUCUUGCCACUACAUGCCAUCUGGAACAAAUUACAUCUGGUCCAAAAGGCAUUUCUGAUGUGAAAAGCAGAGCUCAAGAUGGAGAGGCAACUACUGUAAAUUGUGAGAAGGGUGCAAAUGAAGAGGAACAAAAGCUGUUGAAUCUUAGCACCAGUGUGGAUUCUCAGAGCUCCUCAGACUUUGAAAUACCUUCAACGCCUGGUGCCGAACUUCCCAGAAGGGAGCAUUUACAAUUUCUAUAUACAAAACUGUCAACAGGUGAAAGUAUAGCAAUUGAAAAUAAGCACAGUACAUCCAGUUCUUAAAUAUUUUAGAAUGUCAGAAUAUGAAGAAAACCUUGAAAGUAUUUAUUGUAGAGUAAAUGUUUUAGAAGAUUAUGAGAAAAUUAAGACCUAGAAGAGGAUGUUUUGAAAUAUUAAAUCAUUAACAUUAAAUACAUUUAUAAGAAAUGAAAUUUAUUUUCUUAAUAUCAAAAAAUCCAUUUCUUCCCCUGACCCUUGAGAAACAAAGGAAAACAAAAUCCCUGUUAUAAUAUAUGUAGUCAAGCAACACAAAUUUCCUUAUUGGCCAUGUCCAAGGGGCACUUUUCAGGCCUUCAACCUCCAUUAGGAGGUGGGUAGUAGUAUGUUUCAUCAUAAUUUCUGGAUCCGUGGUUAUUAUAUUGAUCAGUUCUGAAAUUAUUUGUUUUUACAGUGUUGUUACUGAAUAAAUUGUUUUUCUUCUGCUGUC